GCCCCAAUCCUCUCCUUUGCUCAGCCCAUCAUCACUUCUUCUCUUCUCUCGCCCCGGUUUCCGAUUAAUUCACUCUCUCUUGUCCAGCACAGGCGCACCGCGUCGGCCACCAGCACGACGCCCUCGAAACGCUGUCAGCCGCGCGUGUCAGGAAGGCACUCCGAUCGGCGCAUGGGGAUCCCAUCCUCACAGCCCUGAAUUCUUGCACGUCCCAUCACCACCACAACCACCACCGCCCGUCGGCCUGACACCCCGCCGUCGCUGCCAUGGCUUCCAGGCCCAGCCAGACGAAGGUGCAGCAGAAGAAGAGCAAUGGCGCCCUGCGCGCUGCCAACGGCGCCGCCCCGAAGGACUGGGUCCAGUCGAGUCCAAACAAGCCGCCGCAUCCUCGAUACGAUUACACCUCGCGUGGCGUGCAAGAUCACAACAUCCUGAACCUUAAGAGCAGCGAUUGGGAAGUUUUGGGUGUGGUCACACUGAUUGCGCUGUUCGUGCGACUCUUCCGCAUCUAUCAACCUUCGAGCGUCGUCUUCGAUGAAGUGCACUUUGGAGGGUUUGCCAGCAAAUACAUCAAGGGGCGCUUCUUCAUGGACGUGCACCCGCCUCUUGCGAAACUGUUGAUUACGCUCGCCGGCUGGCUGGCGGGCUUCGAUGGAAACUUCGAUUUCAAGGACAUUGGCAAAGACUACCUCGAGGCCAAGGUGCCAUACGUGGCUAUGCGACUGCUCCCAGCUCUGCUCGGCGUCCUGGCUGUCCCUACGAUGUUUCUCACCCUCAAAGCAUCGGGCUGCAAGACGGUCACUGCUGCGCUGGGUGCUGGUCUGCUCACAUUCGAGAACGGCUUCGUCACUCAGUCCCGCUUAAUCCUCUUGGAUUCUCCUCUUGUCAUCUUCACCGCUUUGACUGGCUUGUCGUGGGUUUCUUUCAUCAACCAGCACGAACUCGGUCCUCGGAAGGCUUUCACCCCAAGUUGGUGGUUCUGGUUGGCAGCAACAGGACUGUGCUUGGGAGCGACUGCAAGCGUCAAGUGGGUCGGUCUCUUCACCAUCGCCUGGGUGGGAUCUCUGACUGCUCUUCAACUCUGGGUCCUUCUUGGUGACACCAAGAAUGUCACCCCACGCCUCUGGUUCAAGCACUUCUUCGCACGCGUUUUUUGCUUGAUCAUCAUCCCAGUCACCUUCUACAUGGCAAUGUUUGCAAUUCACUUCGUCUGUCUCGUCAAUCCAGGUGACGGUGACGGAUUCAUGAGCAGCGAGUUCCAGUCUACGCUCAACUCCAAGGGAAUGGCCGACGUACCAGCAGAUGUUGCGUUCGGCUCUCGUAUCAGUCUUAGGCAUCACAACACCCAGGGUGGUUAUUUGCAUUCGCAUUCGCACAUGUAUCCUGGCGGCAGUAAACAGCAACAGAUUACACUUUACCCCCACAAGGACGAGAACAACGUCUUCCUCCUCGAGAACCAGACUCAGCCCAUCGACUGGGCCGCAGAUCCGACCGGCAACACUUCCAUCGCUGGUCCUCUUGCAUGGGACAAACUGGAGCCAGCCUACGUGAAGGAUGGCAGCGUCCUCAAGUUGUACCACAUCACCACUGACCGCCGCGUGCACUCUCACGAUGUGCGACCUCCGAUCACCGAGGCCGAAUGGCAAAACGAGGUGUCGGCAUAUGGCUACGCGGGUUUCGAAGGAGACGCCAACGAUCUCUUCCGUGUUGAGAUUGUCAAGUCCAUGUCGGACGGCAAGGAGGCCAAGGAGCGAGUGAGAACCAUUCAGACUAAGUUCAAGCUGGUCCACAUCAUGACUGGCUGCGUACUCUUCUCGCACAAGGUCAAGCUUCCAGACUGGGGUUUCGAGCAACAGGAGGUGACGUGCGCGAAGGGUGGUACUCUGCCAAACUCGAUCUGGUACAUUGAGUCUAAUGUCCACCCUCAACUCAAAGAAGACGCCGAAAAGGUCAACUACCGCAAUCCAGGCUUCUUUGGCAAGUUCUGGGAGCUGCAGAAGGUCAUGUGGACAACCAACGCCGGUCUCGUUGAAUCUCACGCCUGGGACUCUCGCCCACCCUCAUGGCCAACGCUCAAGCGCGGUAUCAAUUUCUGGGGUAAAGACCAUCGUCAAAUUUACCUCAUCGGUAAUCCUUUGAUCUGGUGGUCAAGCACAGCCGCUAUCGUAAUCUACAUCCUGUUCAAGGGCUUGUCCGUUAUCAGAUGGCAGCGCAGCUGCAACGACUACCAAAACCUUACGUUCCGCCGCUUCGACUACGAAUUGGGUACGACGGUUCUUGGCUGGGCCUUCCACUACUUCCCCUUCUUCCUCAUGCAGCGCCAGCUGUUCUUGCACCACUACUUCCCAGCUCUUUACUUUGCCAUCAUUGCCUUGGCCCAGAUUUUCGACUUCAACUUCAGCCGGAUUAGCAUCGGCUCCUUGACUCUCAAGGAUAAGCCUUUCAUUGGUAGCAGCGUGGCUGUCAUCUACCUGGCGCUUUCCAUUGUGGUCUUUUCUCUCUAUGCACCACUGAGCUAUGGUAAUCAGUGGACGAAGAGCGACUGCAAGCGCGUGAAGCUCUUUGAUACUUGGGACUGGGAUUGCAAUACCUUCUACGACUCUUACGCCGAUUACUCCCUCGCUGUACCAUCAGCAGGAGGCGCUGCUCCAACUACCCAAGCUGCGCACGGACCCGCCCCACCAGUCGCCGACGACCCGCAAAAGGACGUGCAUGUCACACCUCAGGUGCAAGGCGAACCAGCCUACGUCGAUGGCCAGGUAGAAGAAAAAGUUGAGUACCGCGACGAAGACGGCAAUCUCCUCAGCGAGGAAGAAGUCGCUGCCCUCGAAGGUCAGGUCUCUUUCUCUACGCGCUACGAGACCCGCACACGACUCGUCGAUGAGAUGGGUCGCGAGGUCCACGACGGGCUCGUCGAAGCUCAUGACGGCGAACCUCCAGCGAAGCCCGAUGGAGUGGACCCAGAGACACCAUUGGGUCGCGAGGCGGGGAGUCCCGAGAGUUCCACUCAGCAGGUCGACGAAGAUCUGAAGAAGGAGCAGAGCAUUCAAGACGCCAAGGCUACACCUGAACCAGAAAGCGAGGUUGAGAAGAAGACAGCUGAGGCUAAGGAUGAGCUUUGAGAGACCUCUCACCUAAUUGAGUUUUUUCGGCGUGGCAUAGUGGAGUUGGCACAGAAAAUGGAAAGGACAUGACAAGGGGAUGUAUGAUACCACUACUACCGUCAUCACGCACAACAGAGAUUUCUUGAGUUUUUCGAUUAUGACUGUUCUCAACCGGUAUCAGGAAAUUCGGGCAUACUAGUAUGGAUGGGCUGAGGGCUGCAUUUUGGCGAGAGCGAAGGCGAAAGGAAUAUGUUAUGCUGCAGUGGACUUUUUUCUUCGAAGUUCGGUAGUAGACGGUCGUAGUAGGAGAUCAGCUGCAAUUAAAAUGUAGAAAUGGAUGCAUAAUGUCGAUCCUUCCUUGCCACGUCUC